GUGAAUCAAGAACAAUCUGAGAAUCUCUUCUCCCUUCCUUACACUUUGCUUCCUGCUUUGAAUGAAGGAUUUUUCACAGAUAUUACAUUCACAGCUAGUAAUGGUGAAAAGGUAUUUUCCUCUAUUAAAAAUCACUAUGUCUUUUCUUGCUAAUGUUAUAAAUAAUGGCGCAAGGUAGAUGUCGCACAAAUCGAAAUGCCAUGCAUCCACUCUGUAAGAAUACAUUUUGUUUGAACAUAUUAAGAAUGCUGGAAGCCCUUAUGUUUAUAAAAAAGCACGCUUUGUGCACCAUACUGACUUUAAGUAAAAUAAAAUCCUCAGAUUACAAGUGAGUAGCAAAUGAAAGCCACUUUCAUUAUGCUUAAUUCUUCUAAUUUUCUCUUUUUGCAUAAAUUUAAAUAGUAUAAAUUUUAUUUUUAAUUUUUAAUGAUUGAACUGUUUUGGAACAAAAACACAGGUGUACAUAAUAGUACGUGUAAACAUAAUAACUCCUGCAUGUGUUUAUCACUCUUAGAUACUUCACUAUAUUAUUAUUUGAUGUGACUCUUGUUGUGUACCUCUGUGACAAGUUUUAAUAUUCCUUUGUUAGUUGGAGAAAAUUAAUUAGCAAUUAGAUUUUAUAGUACCCAAAAACAUUCAAGCUCUUUGUCAUGAAAUAAUAUUGUAACAUGGCUGGCUUUUGUAAGUCUAUGACAAUGUCAAGGGUUGUUUAUUACCUACACUACAAUCAAAAAUUAGAUGAACUUCCAAUGCCAAGCUUAGGUGGUCUUUUACGUGGCUAUUUUUUUACGUCGUCACAUCGCUUUCCUCCUUGAAUGGUGGAGCAUUGUAUAAGAAAAUAUGGCUGUGUAGAAGACUACAGAUCAGACACAUUUUCAGUAUUAUUCUGCCAAAAAGCAUUACAAGGUGAUUUGAAAAACGGUUGCUCAUUAAAGCUGCUGCCUGUUCCCUCACAAAUAAAAAACAACUGGCCCUCAAAUAAAGUGGUUUUUUUUCCUUUUAGUUUCCAGCGCACAAAACUAUCCUCUGCUGCUUUUUCACUGACAUUUACAAAUGGGACAAGAUUCCUGCCUUCCUCACAGAUCUCUCACCAGAUGUUUUGCGUGCCCUUCUGCACUAUAUCUAUACCUGCUGUCUGCCGAGGGACUUGUCCGAGGACACAGCAAAGAAGCUAAUGAGAAUUUCUCAAUUAAAUAGCAACGAUGUUGGAAGUUUAGGAGAGCUGUGUGUAGAGUUUCUUGAAGCUACAGCUGUUAAAAAC